UGAUUGGUGUCUGCUGUCACAUGAGACAACAGCAGGAAGUGGGUGGCAGCGUUAGCCAAAUUCUGGAGGACUGCUUGGGUUAAUGAUAACAUGCAAGUACUAUUAUAACAGAAUCAUUUGUAAAUUGAGAGUUUUAGUGAAGCCGGACAGAUGAGUGUGCGAGCUUUGUGGAUUAUUUCUCACGAGAAGGGAGAAAAUGUAUCAGUACGCUUUUCAAGGAGGUUUGCGACUGUGGAGCACCGUGCAAAGUGCCUGGCUGGGUCCUCAUAUGUAGCUGUCCCAGAGGAAAACACUGUGCUGCAGCUCCUGCUCACUGAGCUGGGCCUUUCAGACUUAGACAAGCCCUAUGUAGCUGUCAGAGAUGAUUGCCUGAAUCGUCAACGAUCACCAGCCCUGGAACUGCGUGUGGACAGUCCUGAAAAGGGGGUACUAUGGCCAAUGUUGGCCAUAUUACAGGGUCCUCUCAUUCUGGCUUGCCUGCCUUUAGUGGAUGCCCCUCCUGAUUCACGCCCUCCCCUUUCCAACCUGCUGUCUGUCUCUCAGGGGCUCUCACUCCUCGCAGGUUUGCAGACUUUUCUCCUCUCCUCUGGGGGUAAAACUGACAGUGAGGGUCUGGCCUCUCGCCUGGCCAUGCUGCCAUCUGUACUCCUGCAGAUUUGUCCUUUAGGCACACCCCUGGAUGUGCCACUACUGGGGUCACCUGCUACUCCCUCAGUGCCUGCUCCUACAGGAAACCAGAAACAGCCAGCAUGGAAGACCGGGCUCCAUCGGGGCAGAGCUGUGGUGAACGUAGCACUGAUGGAGACAGUGCGCUCCAUGCAGUAUGGUAACAGAAGCAGACAGGACCUGUGGGAUGUUUUUGGCACUGUGACAUGCAAAUGCGAAGUGGAGGGGAUACUCCCAAACGUGACAGUGACCCUCACACUACCACCAAAUGGUUCUCCACUACAGGACAUCCUGGUUCAUCCCUGUGUCACCUCACUGGACUCCAGUAUCCUCACUGCCAGCAGUGUGGACAACUAUGAUGGCUCAGCGUUCUCAGGGCCAUAUAAGUUCCCCUUCUCCCCUCCUCUGGAGCCUUUCAGACUAUGCAGCUAUACAUCUCAGGUCCCUGUUCCCCCUAUCCUCGGUUUGUAUCAACUGAAGGAAGAAGAGAACCAGCUGCGUGUGUCGGUCACACUCAAGCUGCACGAGAGUGUGAAGAACAAUUUUGACUACUGUGAAGCACACCUGCCAUUCUUUAACAGGGAUCAAAUGGGUGUUGUGGAUGUAAAGGUGAGCUCUGGACAACUGGAUGUUUCAAAGGAGAAGAACCUGCUGGUCUGGGGUCUGGGACAAAAGUUCCCUAAAUCUCGUGAGGUCACGAUGGAAGGCAAGAUCAGCUUUUCUGGGCCAACACCAGGACCCACUGAUCCCCUCUGCAUAGGACUCACAGCCUAUGUCAAAUUGUAUUUCAAAGUGCCUGACAUGACGCUCUCUGGGUGCUGUGUGGACCAGCAUUCAGUGCAGGUUUAUUCCUCUGCAAAACCGCGGAUUUUAACAUCACGGGAACUUCUUUCCAAAGAGUACUUUCUAUGGAAUUCAACAGGAACUGCUCCGGUAUCCUCAGGGCAGAUGAUGCUUUAAUAUCUGGAGAGAUCAUUACUGUGUGAUUGAUGACAACAGCUCAAACUGGAAAUGUGACCCAAUAAAACUCAUUUGUUACAAUCAUUUUGUUACCAAGUAGGUUAAAAAAUUGGAGCAUUGUAAAAAAAAAAGAAAAAAAAAGAAGACAAUUUUACAUUUUUAGCACUAACUUGUAAAUGCCUGCAUAACUUAGCUUUCAUCGAGCAAGUUUUGACAGAUAGAAGUUUUGAUUCUGCUGAUGGAUAGAUACUUUCCUCUCUCAGAUACCUUCCCCUGUAGUCCAACUUCUUUUAUCCCCCGACCCUCACCCUCCCUCUGAUUUAUCCCAUUGCAGACACAAGGGCCACCCCUCGCUCUGACAGUCCCACUUCAGUGACUCUCCAUCAGCCGGAUAAUUAGCAGCUGGGGCCUUGUCAUCAGCUGUUGUGGGCCUGGACGAGAGGGGCGGCUAGGCUGUGAAAGACCAGGCAGCUCUGGCCAGUGUCUUGGCUACAAAAGGCUCCUCUUUUAAAACUGGCAGGAGUCCCCCCCAAUCCUCCCCUCCCUUUUGACCUCAUCCCCGCCCUGUCAACUAGUGGCUGGUUCAAACACACAACCUCUCUAAGCAGACUGUGAUUGAGCACUGACCCUCUGGCCCUCUGAGACUUGAAAGCAGUCUGUCCCAUUCAGAGAGCAGUACCUGCCUAAUUGGUGAAAAAGUCACAAGGACGGAAGUCACAAAGAUGGUUGCCUCUUGAGGUUGCAAAGGUGCUUCAACUCAGUUAAUUAUUGAAUUAUUUUAAAUGUGUCACAAGGUUCAGGAAAGACCUCUCUUUGUGGUCAAUACCUUUGUUCUUGCAAUCACUUUACAUGGACUAUGUCAAGUUUUAUACUAUCUCUGUUACACCCUGUUCCACUGUGAAAGCCUCACCUCAGAGUUAAAGUUAAAAGAAUAACCAGUAGAUGAAGGGUUAAAUCGGAGGAGAUUGUGGCCCACGAUUCCCCAGCAGCCAGACUCCUCUGAGUGCCCUCAUUGUCUGCUGUUGGCCUCUUGUGCCCCUUGCUGGUCCAAACGCUACAUUCUCACGUGGAUUUCCACUCAGAAGGCUGACCAUGACCAAUCCUCUGUCAAUUGGAACCAAUUGCUCACACGGCAUCCUUCACCUUCUUUUUAUGUAGCAGGACGGAGUGGCAGACACCGAGACCUCUCGGCUCUCCCCCUCCACCGUGAUUUGGCUUUAAGGCCCAGUGUGUGUGGCUAGCGAACUGGAAAAGUAGAAUUUUUUUUUGAGGACUUGGGCCACUCUAAAUCUCCUCAGUAUCCCAAUAUGUGGUCAGUCUGGCUCCUGAAGUCUGCAGUCAGUGGCCUCUCACUGGCAGACUUUGCUUUGUUGAUUGAAUGGAUGGUUAAGUACAAGGACUCGUUUUAAUGUGAUGCUAUGCUCCAGUGCCUUCAGAUCAUACCUUUGGAUCUUUAGUAUCAGUGUUUGUCUGAAUCAUUUGUUUUUAUUUAUUUAAUCACUGUUUCCACUUUUUUACACACAUACAGGAAAUGAACGGACAUUUUUGUACAAUCAUGAAAAAAUAUGACUCACAUGGGCAAAAAUAAAUUGUGAAAGUGA